CUGCAGACGACUAAAGAGAAGCGUGGGAGGAGGAGGAGGUCUGAGGGUGGGCCCAGUUCAAGGAGGAGGAGGAGACAGGAACCGAAACAAAACAGUGAAGCAGAGGGGAGGACAGACAGAGAGCAGAGGAGCACUGACUGAGACAGAUGAUCAGAGACGGUCACUUCGAGAUGGAUUUAAAUUUUCUUCAGGUUCUGGAGAGGGAGAGGGUCCUGGAGGUGCUGUGGAGAGACAAACAGCUGAGAGCGAUCGAAGACGACAGGAUCAGGAGGAUGAAAUGCGAGCUGCAGGAGCUUCGGAGGAAAGGAGCCAAGAGCUACACGCGUCAGUACGGCGAGCGGACCUGCGCCCGCUGCCAGAGGCCGCUGGGAAAGUUCUGGAACUCGGGCGCCGUGUGUCGCGGCUGCAGCCACCGCAUCUGCAGCAAGUGUCGAGUCGGCGCCGCCGACUGGAAGUGCACGGUCUGCCACGCCUACAGGGACGUGAAGAUUCGCUCUGGAGAGUGGUUUUUGGAGGAAAAGGCAAAGAAAUUUCCCGUUACUUCAGAAAGAUACGAGACAGUUGGGGAGAAACUGCUAAAGACCUACAACGUGAUGAGUCAUAUAUCGGUGGUGCCUCCCACCCCUCCACCCCACGUAGAUCACCAGUUCCUGAGCAGAUCUGGGGAUUUCAAAAACUUCAAAAAGCCCUUUACUAAAUCAAUGGAGGAUCUAAUGGUUUCCGUCCUUCACAUUAAGAACAUCUCGACUUCUCAGGACGACGUGCGAGGAGACCUGCUGAGGGUCGACAGCGGCCGGAGAGGGUCGUUCUUCCACUACAACCAGAAGAGCCUGUCGGACACAGACAUCAACAAGUCUAGCUAUCUCUUCAAAGUCCCAAGUCUUCCGAACCUGUUCAAGAAGAGCAAGGACAAGGACAGCGACCAGGAGGGCUCCUCCACCGGUGCAGAGGAAGAGACCUCUUUCAGUUCUGAGUACUCGGGAGGAAAGAGAGGCAGCAACAGCAGCAUCAACACGGACUGCGGCCUCUUUGACAGCAUCACUGUGGCCGGAGAGCUGGAGCUGGCUCUGACCUACAACACCAGCGCCUCCUGCCUGGAGAUCACGGUGGGCGGCUGCAGGAACCUCUCGCACGGAGACAGCAAGAGGAGGAAGUGUAACCCAUACGUCAAACUCUAUGUGCUGCCAGACAAGAGCGACAAGAUGAAGACGUCGGUGAAGAGAAACACCACCAAUCCGGUUUAUAACGAAGUUUUAAAGUAUGACAUAGAGCGCCACCUGCUGUUUGGAAAGAGGCUGCAGGCCUCCGUGUGGCAUUCAGGAGCCCUGAGAAGGAAAGUGUUUCUUGGUGAGGUGCUCAUCCCGCUGGACGGCUGGAGAUUUGAGGACAGAGACUCGCAGGGCUUCAACUGGUUCCCGCUGUGUCCAAAGGCUGAGAGUCCAGACAGGGGCGCUGUGGACCAGGACGGAGGAGAACUGCUGGUCAGAGUCAAGCUGAGCCCCAAAAACCAGGGUGUCUGACUCUGGGAGGAGGGAGGCUCGUCCAGGCGACGCCCAUUUCUGACGGUGAGAGCCGGCGUCCUGGAGGCUGCCGCUGGUCCGGGACGUCUCUGUGAACCGGGACGUGUGGAGCUAAAGCCCCUCAUGGCUCUCUGACGUAAACCUGAGCCUCGAUUGGGGGCAGAUAAGAGCAGAGACUUCCCCUCUGACAUCCUCAGUAGAAAAUUCUGAGGUAACACUUCACGCUUUAACCCCACCUACGAAGCAUUUAUAAGCAAUAUAAAAUAACACGUAACUCAUCCCGUAAAGCAACUUAAUAAAUAUAAUAAAAUCCAGAAAUAGGCACCCAUGCUUAUAUGUGAAUUACAUAUAUUAAACUUUAAUGAUCCACGAGAUAAAGUACUUGGUCACAGUAACUUAGUUGCACAUGAAAGAAACUUCAAAACCACAAGUAAAAAAGAAAGAUAAGAUUAGAUUAAAAUAAAAUAAAUUAAAAAGAAGUAUUACCUAGUUAAAUAAAAUGGAAAACAGUGUAAUUAAAAUAUGUACAGAAUUAGCCUCAUGAACAAAUUUACAUUUUAAAUUAUAUAAUAUCAUAUAAUAUUAUGUCUUCUUAAAAAUGUAGAAUGGAGGCUUCAGGCUGCAGGAGUAAAACCAACCAUCACUACUGAUUUAUAGUUUUUACCAUGAAUUUAAGACUGGUCUCCACCAACUCUUGAGAGAUCAAUUUUAUUCGACAAAUUCUGCACCAAAUUAACAGAUUAUCUUUAUUUUUCUAGGGUUUUCCACCCAAAAAUACAAAUAAGGACCUAAAAUGAGAUCUGUUUGAGAUCCUAGAACCAAAAAAAAUAAGAUUUUUUAUUGUCAUUGUGAGUUUUGCUCUGUUAAAGGUUUAAAAAUAUAUAGCAGUUAUUUCCAAGGAUAGUUUUAUUUUACCUCUUUUUAAUGCUUAAACGGUUAAGGUGAAGUGUUGCUACUCGGAGGAGUCUCUGCUGCUUCAGGGUUCAGAUUCAGUCUGUGAUCUAUAAAUCCAUCCAAAUGAGAUCAAGACUCUGGACUAACAGUUCUGAGAAAUGAAAUUUUUGGAGCCACGCCCGCCUGUGACAGGAAGCGCUGUGAAGAGUGAGAGGAGCCAUGUGCGUUUCCUGCUGGACAAUGAGGUCUUUCUUGUCUUGCUGGAAGUGGCGUGAGAAAGACUGGGUCAGUUUCUGGUUUCACAGAAGAAGAUGUUAGCAGACUGGACCGGUCGGCUAACAUGGCCUCAGUGUGUAAAAAAAAAAAAAAAAAAAAAAGGUCAGAGUCGUCCUUAUUAUUUCUUUUAGGACGUUUAAUAUCUGCUUUUGCCCUCUUCUACGCUGUGGUGUGCUGGGGACUAAGAAGGAGGAGGACACCUCGUGGCUGGACAGACUGAUAUAGAAGCUCUGUGGUGGGGGCAGAGCUGGAGUCAAUGACAUUGGUGGCAGAGUCAAGGACCUUGAAUGAACUACACGACGCCAUAGUCAGACAGGUUGAGGAGGACGUUUGUCCCUCGGGAAACUCUAUAAUGCCUCCAUGUGAGGAACCAACUGGAUUAUUAUUAUUAUUAUUAUUAUUAUUAUUAUUAUUAUUAUUAUUAUUAUUGUUAUUAUUAUUCUAUUCUAUUCUAUUCUAUUCUAUUCUAUUCUAUUCUAUUCUAUGUGAUAAAGCUACUGUACACUGAAUAUAUAAAGUAUCUAUAUAUCCAUCCAUCCAUCCGCCCCUCCACGGUUACCUGGCAACUGGGACGCCAACAGGUGGCGUGAUGUCAUCUCAUUAACCCUUUAUUUAUUUAUUUAUUUAUUUUUUAUUCUUUCAUUUGAUUUUUUU